AUGAMAGCUCAUGCCACUGAURUUCACCGCAAUAKUCACAGCAGGGAGGAUGAGUUAGAGARAGUGCAUGAAAAGGAUGAAAUUGAACAUGAGACACACUUGACGRCAAACACUACUCACUCCAAAGAAGACCGAGAUCAUUUGGAACACAGAGGGGAAGAAGUCGAAAUYGAGGGAGAUAUUGAUCAUGGCACCGAUAGAGAUCUUUACUUUGACGGAUAUYACAAGGGUUAUGAAGAUGGAUAUGYAGAAGCGCGAUAUCAUAUGGAUACAAGCCAUGAUGAUGAUGGUGAUGAUUCACAAGGGCAUGGGAUGCAACAGGACAGCCAAAAUGAACUAGACUGUGGAACAGUUGCUGAUCAAACCUUUGUUUAUGACAAGGAUAACUGCCGUCUCUGUCAAUGUAUUAAAGGAAGGGCUCAUUGUGAGACUAAGCCCAGAAGCUGUAGAAGUGAUAAACUGGAUAACAUGUGUUCUUUUAUAAAUGGUGAGAUGGUUCUCGAAUCAACUGCGCACUAUGAUGGAUGUAACUACUGUGUUUGCAGGAAACGCGAAUGGGUCUGCACUCGCCUUCGUYGUCACGGUGCGCAACACGAUUAUGUCAACUACGCCGCUUUGAUGGAACGUACGAGUGGAAUCGARAGACAUAUCGACAUUUGUAUGGAGUGUGACAGAGAACCUGUGACGCCAGUAUGUGGUCCUGAUUGGAGAACUUAUCRCUCCUUAUGUCACGCACGCUUCUGUGGAAACUAUGACAUUGACGAAAUCAUUCAGGGACCUUGUAACAGAGCCAAUCCAUGUGAAAAUGCUGAAUGCGCAGCUGACGAGAUAUGUGUUCCAUUCCCCCGCGGUCCAUGUUUGAGCACCAAGACACGCGGUGGCCACCCCGUGGUACUAUGCAAGCAGCAUAAGUGUGUUUCAACAAAAGCAGAGUGUUCUGAUGAUACACUACCAAGURAGGUGGUUUGUGGAGAAGAUGGUCAAACCUAUCCAUCAGAAUGUCAUCUGGUUAAGAAGUCUGUAGCUUUUGCUUAUAGAGGACCGUGUAGAGCAGCCUGUAUGACUGGUAAUACACAGGUUUGUGGAACGGAUGGCGUUCUCUACCAAUCUGACUGUCACGCAAAUCUUCUUAGCCGUCACGUUGAUUACCCAGGAACAUGCGAGAGCACGGUAGCCAAGCCAGAAGUGGUGAAUGYGGAUGAUGGGAGCGUUGURUACGUCAAUAGAAGAUGCCGUAAAGUGCAUGAGAAUAAGCGGUGUUCGCAUCCUWCAUGUUCGAUUACUGUUAUYCCAGAAGGAAGUUGCUGUCCAGUGUGCGGCGCCGCAGUAAGCAUAAGAGUAGACAGGGACAUCGCAAGCGAUCUUCUSGACUUACCCCUUCUCAAACCAUCUGUGGACUUCACUAGUCUAGAAACCAUCCAGUCAUUUAUUCGACGCAUUCAAGACCCGCAACAUUUGCGCAAAUGCCGCAUGAYAAUCGAUUACACUGAAAGGAACGAUCUGUCAGUUMUCUUCACCCCAAGRCAGCCAGGCUACAUUAUAUWYUGUCAGAAAGCAGCUCAAGAUACUAUGGAUUAUAUCAACUCACACUCCAACUCUUCSGACCCGAUAGAAGCGAUGCUUGCCGCUGCUGUAGCAGCCGAAGCGGGAGCAUMCCCUGGCRCUSAACCAAAACGAGUAAAGCGAAAUGUCAAUCUUGAUCUAGUCAGGAUAAGACGGGAWGAUGAUCAUAAUAURCAUCAGRGUCACAACGGUACWGGUGUUGUUGUGACUCCGCCCCAUGGAGUGGUGUUCGGUGUUGGGGUAUAUGUUAGUCUAUACUGGUUCAUACCUACCUAA